AGCGUGGAAGGGCGCAACGUUGAACAGAAUUAAAUUAGCACUACUACUAUCCUUUGGCAAACCUUUUUGAUGCAGUGCAGUGCAGUGUUAGGGGCACAACCUUCUCCUUCUCCUUCUGCAAAUUUCUAACAACAGACGAAACCCUAGCAAUCGAAAAUGGACGAAGAGGAGAGACAGAGACUCCUCGAAAGGGAGAGAUUCCAGAUCCAACUCAUUCGCCAGCUCGAUCUCGAAGACCUCGAGGUUGAAGAAGUCGAUGACUCCGACUCCGACUCUGAUUCCGAUUCCGACGAGUCUACGUAUUUCCUUCCACCUAGUUCUGACGGCGUUGCUGCUACCUCAUCCGAUGAAUUCACUUUCAAUACCUAUAUCGCGCCUCUGCACACCUAUCUCGGUGAUGUUGAAGACACGCGCCACAGGACUACUCUCUUGGACGGUGGUGCUAUAUUGAACAUUCCACUGUUCUGUCUCGAAGGAGUUGUACUCUUUCCGGGGGCUACACUUCCCCUUAGAGUUAUUCAAUCCCAUUUAGUGGCUGCUGUUGAGAAAGCUUUGAGCGAAUCUGAUAUUCGUAACACUAUUGGUGUGAUUCGCAGGUACAGGGAUACUGCAAGUCGUAGGAUGAAAUCAGUAAGCAUUGGGACAACUGCUGAGAUUCGACAAUAUGGCCACAUGGACGAUGGUUCACUGAAUGUCGUUACCCGGGGACAACAAAGAUUUCGCCUAAGACGGAGCUGGCAUGAUGCAGAAGGAGUGCCUUAUGGAGAGAUCCAAAUUAUUGACGAAGAUCUACCACUAAGACCUCCAAGGGAUGCUUUUGGUAAAUUAGCACCAUUGAGUAAUAUGCCCCGUAGCCAAGCUACCUCAUAUACAUUGUCUCCAAAGUAUUCCCAUGUUAAAAUGCACAGCUCAAAAAAUGAGGAAAGUGAUUCACAAGCAAAUUCAGAAGAGAGUUUUGAGAGUGAGCUAUCACUAAUGGAAAGAAAGAUCCAUGAAUCAGCUAUUGGAUCCAGUUAUGUGCAUGAUAUGAUGGAUGAAUCAGCAAACAAAAGUGAUGUUAACUUCAUGCAUAAGUCAGAUCAGGAAAUUAGAUCCAGUCUGGAUCCGGGAGCUGGGAACUGCUCCACUUCUGGAGAGCAGUCAUCAAAAGAAGAGCUUAACAGAUGUUGUAAAAGUACAUAUGCCUACCCAUCUCAUAAAAUUUCAAAAGCAUUCUUGCCCCACUGGGCAUAUCGUAUGUUUGACUCUUUUUGGCUCGCACAAAGGGCAGCAGAUAUGUGGAAGCGAAUAGUGGCGGUGCCUAGCAUGGAUAGUCUUAUUCAGAAACCUGAUGUUUUAUCAUUUCACAUUGCUAGUAAAAUACCUGUGUCAGAAUCUACAAGGCAAGAGCUUUUGGAAAUUGAUGGAAUUGCAUAUAGGUUGCGCAGAGAAAUUGAAUUACUAGAGAGCCUUGAUCUUAUCCGAUGUAAAUGCUGCCAGACUAUAAUUGCAAAACGAAGUGAUAUGUUGGUGAUGUCAAGUGAGGGUCCUCUUAGUGCAUACGUGAAUCUAGGUGGUCAUGUGCAUGAGAUAAUGACCCUUUACAAGGCAAAUGGCUUAGCUCUCAUUGGGCCAGCAGUUGCAGAAUACAGUUGGUUUCCUGGGUAUGCAUGGACAAUCGCUACUUGUGGAACAUGUGAAACCCAAAUGGGUUGGCUUUUUACAGCCAGAAACCAAAAAUUGAGACCCAGCUCGUUUUGGGGGAUUCGGAGCUGUCAAGUUGCAGAAGAAAUACGCCGAAACCUUUAAUCCUGCUCUGAUGUAAUGACCAUAUAGUUUGAUGUGUAUACAUUCAUCUAUCCCGGCGUUAAACCCAUGUUCAAGUAAGCAGCGCAGGGUGAUAUUGUGUACAUAACGAAAGGUUCAUGUGCUACUGUGCAUGUUGAUAUUGCGUAUAUAUUUAUAUAAAAUAUGUUUGCAACAGCUUGGAAGAAACGGUCGCAUAUGAAGAUAAUUUUAGAUGCGAAUUUUUGUAUACUCUUGCGGCUGUGGUGUUUUUCACAGGUUAGAUGGUGUCUAGUCUGUUCUACCUAAACUGCAUUGGUUGGUUGGGGCAAUAAUAUAAGUGAAAUUAUGAAUUGACUAAACUGUUUAUAUAUUUUUUAUGAAUUUUUUUAUCGGUCUUGGACAGUCGGUAUCCCGUCAUAUUAGAUCUUUAUUAAUAAGUCAGAAUUUAAAAGUCAUAGUUCCUUCAUAUUUUGUAAUUACAAUGCUUGAAUCUAAAAUCAUAAUAAAAGGUGUUUUUU